GUGCUCCAGGUAUCAUCUCUUCGCCUUACGCUGGGGCAGCAGGUUUUGGCCCCGCUAUCGGAUUCCCCCAAGCAGGUAGGUUCCACCCCACUAUCACCCUCCUCCAGCCUCAUACCCCCUAUACAGGUAGGUUCCACCCCACUAUCACCCUCUUCCAGCCCCAUCUCCUCCACUCCUCCUACUGACCCUGGGCCCUCCCCCCUCCCCUCUCUCCUCCACUCCUCCUACUAACCCUGGGCCCUCCCCUCCCACCUCCCCUCCCCUCCCCUCCCCCCCUCCCCCCCCCCCUCCCCUCCCCUCCCACCUCCCCUCCCCUCCCCCCUCCAUUCCUCCUACUGACCCUCCCCCCUCCCCUCCCCUCCCCUCCCCUCCCCUCCCCUCCCCUCCCCUCCCCUCCCCUCCCCUCCCCUCCCCUCUCUCCUCCACUCCUCCUACUGACCCUCCCCCCUCCCCUCCCCCCUCCCCUCCUCCUACUGACCCUCCCCCCUCCCCUCCCCCCUCCCCUCCCUCCUCCACUACUCCUACUGACCCUGGGCCCUCCUCCCUCCUCUAGUAGGCCCGCCCUUUGACCUGCUAUCGUGCGUGCCCCCAGGUCUGUCCAUGCACACGAUGACCGGCGCUCUGGGACCCCUCGCCAUGCCAGGCUCAGUCUCGGGACGGAUGACCCUACACGGCAUGGCGCCCAUCGCUGUUCACUCCGUUCUCCUUGUCUCCAACCUCAACCCUGAUGUGAGUGACCCCCGACCCCCCUGUGACCCUCCGACCCCCCUGUGACCCCCUCAACUCCUCUUUAUUGUUUGUGCUCUUGCCAACGCCAUUGCUCAAUGUCAAGCUAAACAUUUGGCAUUACAAUGAGUGACAAAGAGUUGACAUGAUAGCACAAACAGAUCUGGGACCAGGCAAAACUCUCAGAACAUGCCACACACCAACCCACCCAAUACAGACAUACUGUGGCUUCCGAAAGUAUUCACCCCCCUUGGCAUUUUUCCUAUUUUGUUGCCUUACAACCUGGAAUUAAAAUGGAUUUUUGGGGGGUUUGUAUCAUUUGAUUUACACAACAUUUCUACCACUUUGAAGACGCAAAAUAUGUUUUAUUAUGAAACAAACAAGAAAUAAUACAAAAAACUGAAAACUUGAGCGUGCAUAACUAUUCACCCCCCCCCAAAGUCAAUACUUUGUAGAGCCACCUUUUGUAGCAAUUACAGCUGCAAGUCUCUUGGGGGUAUGUCUCUAUAAGCUUGGCACAUCUAGCCACUGGGAUUUUUGCCCAUUCUUCAAGGCAAAACUGCUCCAGCUCCUUCAAGUUGGAUGGGUUCCGCUGGUGUACAGCAAUCUUUAAGUCAUACCACAGAUUCUCAAUUGGAUUGAGGUCCGGGCUUUGACUAGGCCAUUCCAAGACAAUUAAAUUUCCCCUUAAACCACUCAAGUGUUGCUUUAGCAGUAUGCUUAGGGUCAUUGUCCUGCUGGAAGGUGAACCUUCGUCCCAGUCUCAAAUCUCUGGAAGACUGAAACAGGUUUCCCUCAAGACUUUCCCUGUAUUUAGCGCCAUCCAUCAUUCCUUCAAUUCUGACCAGUUUCCAAGUCCCUGCCGAUGAAAAACAUCCCCACAGCAUGAUGCUGCCACCUUUUUGAUGGCCAAAAAGCUAAAUUGUAGUCUCAUCUGACCAGAGUACCUUCUUCCAUAUGUUUGGGGAGUCUCCCACAUGCCUUUUGGUGAACACCAAACGUGUUUGCUUAUUUUUAUCUUUAAGCAAUGGCUUUUUUCUGGCCACUCUUCCGUAAAGCCCAGCUCUGUGGAGUGGACGGCUUAAAGUGGUCCUGUGGACAGAUACUCCAAUCUCCGCUGUGGAGCUUUGCAGCUCCUUCAGGGUUAUCUUUGGUCUCUUUGUUGCCUCUCUGAUUAAUGCCCUCCUUGCCUGGUCCGUGAGUUUUGGUCUUGGCAGGUUUGUUGUGGUGCCAUAUUCUUUCAAUUUUUUUAUAAUGAUUUAAUGGUGCUCCGUGGGAUGUUCAAAGUUUCAGAUAUUUUUUUAUAACCCAACCCUGAUCUGUACUUCUCCACAACUUUGUCCCUGACCUGUUUGGAGAGCUCCUUGGUCUUCAUGGUGCCGCUUGCUUGGUGGUGCUCCCUGCUUAGUGGUGUUGCAGACUCUGGGGCCUUUCAGAACAGGUGUACAUAUACUGAGAUCAUGUGACAGAUCAUGUGACACUUAGAUUGCACACAGGUGGACUUUAUUUAACUAAUUAUGUUACUUCUGAAGGUAAUUGGUUGCACCAGAUCAUAUUAGGGGCUUCAUUGCAAAGGGGGUGAAUACAUAUGCACGCACCACUUUUCUGUUAUUUAUUUUUUUGCAUUUUUUGAAACAAGUUCUUUUUUUCAUUUCACUUCACCAAUUUGGACUAUUUUGUGUAUGUCCAUUACGUGAAAUCCAAAUAAAAAUUCAUUUAAAUUACAGGUUGUAAUGCAACAAAAUAGGAAAAACACCAACGGGGAUGAAUACUUUUGCAAGGCACUGUAAAAUACCAAUCAUUCUAGAUAACUAAAUGUUACUGACCUGGUGAGAAGUGAUACAUUCUAGAUAACUAAAUGUUACUGACCCGGUGAAAAGUGAUACAUUCUAGAUAACUAAAUGUUACUGACCUGGUGAGAAGUGAUACUUUCUAGAUAACUAAAUGUUACUGACCCGGUGAGAAGUGAUACUUUCUAGAUAACUAAAUGUUACUGACCCGGUGAAAAGUGAUACUUUUCUAGAUAACUAAAUGUUACUGACCUGGUGAGAAGUGAUACUUUCUAGAUAACUAAAUGUUACUGACCUGGUGAGAAGUGAUACUUUCUAGAUAACUAAAUGUUACUGACCCGGUGAGAAGUGAUACUUUCUAGAUAACUAAAUGUUACUGACCCGGUGAGAAGUGAUACUUUCUAGAUAACUAAAUGUUACUGACCUGGUGAGAAGUGAUACUUUCUAGAUAACUAAAUGUUACUGACCUGGUGAGAAGUGAUACUUUCUAGAUAACUAAAUGUUACUGACCCGGUGAGAAGUGAUACUUUCUAGAUAACUAAAUGUUACUGACCUGGUGAGAAGUGAUACUUUCUAGAUAACUAAAUGUUACUGACCUGGUGAGAAGUGAUACUUUCUAGAUAACUAAAUGUUACUGACCUGGUGAAAAGUGAUACUUUCUAGAUAACUAAAUGUUACUGACCUGGUGAGAAGUGAUACUUUCUAGAUAACUAAAUGUUACUGACCCGGUGAGAAGUGAUACUUUCUAGAUAACUAAAUGUUACUGACCCGGUGAGAAGUGAUACUUUCUAGAUAACUAAAUGUUACUGACCCGGUGAGAAGUGAUACUUUCUAGAUAACUAAAUGUUACUGACCUGGUGAGAAGUGAUACUUUCUAGAUAACUAAAUGUUACUGACCUGGUGAGAAGUGAUACUUUCUAGAUAACUAAAUGUUACUGACCUGGUGAAAAGUGAUACUUUCUAGAUAACUAAAUGUUACUGACCUGGUGAAAAGUGAUACAUUCUAGAUACCUAAAUGUUACUGACCUGGUGAAAAGUGAUACAUUCUAGAUAGGGCGGCAGGUAGCUUAGUGGGUAAGAGCGUUGUGCCAGUAACCGAAAGGUUGCUGGUUCUAAUCCCCGAGCCGACUAGGUGAAAAAUCUGUCGAUGUGCCCUUGAGCAAGGCACUUAACCCUAAUUGCUCCUGUAAGUCGCUCUGGAUAAGAGCGUCUGCUAAAUGACCAAAAAAUAAAUAAUAAUAAUAAUAAAAUAAAUAACUAAAUGUUACUGACUUGGUGAAAAGUGAUCCAUUCUAGAUAACUAAAUGUUACUGACCUGGUGAAAAGUGAUACAUUCUAGAUAACUAAAUGUCUGGCUGGUUGACUGGCUGGCUGUUGGCAGGCUGGCUGGCUGGCUUGCUGGUUGGCUGGCUGGCUGGCUGGGCCACUGCUGUCUGGCUGGCUGGGCCACGGCUGGCUGGGCCACUGUUGGCUGGCUGUCUGGCUGGCUGGGCCACUGUUGGCUGGCUGGCUGGGCCACUGUUGGCUGGCUGGCUGUCUGGCUGGGCCACUGUUGGCUGGCUGGCUGGCUGGCUGGGCCACUGUUGUCUGGCUGGCUGGGCCACUGUUGGCUGGCUGGGCCACUGUUGGCUGGCUGGCUGUGCCACUGUUGGCUGGCUGGCUGGGCCACUGCUGGCUGUGUGUGAUGAUGAUGAUGAUGAUGAUGAUGAUGAUGAUGGAAAGAGAAGGAACUUGGUUGAUUUCAUUAGAGAACAAAGUGUAUCACCACACCACCAGUAUUGCCUUCACUUGACCAGUUGUCUGACUUCCUCUUUCUCCUCCCUGCAGAGCAUAUCACCACAUGGACUGUUCAUCCUAUUUGGUAAGGCCAUUUAGGAAUGGGUUUGGUUGUCAUUCACUGCAUAGCUUUGUGUGUGUGUGUGUGGCUACCAUGGUUACUGUGACUUUUAUGCUAUAUGUGAUUGGCUGAUUUAACUCUACCUACAUGUACAUAUUACCUCAAUUACCUCGACUAACCUGUGCCCCCGCACAUUGACUCUGUACCGGUACCCCCUGUAUAUAGCCUCUCGACUGUUAUUUAAUUUUACUGCUGCUCUUUAAUAAUGUUUUAUUAAUUUUUUUUUACUUAUCUAUGUUUUACUUAACACUUUUAAAAAUUAAAAUGGCAUUGUUGGUUAAGGGCUUGUAAGUAAGCAUUUCACGGUAAGGUCUACACCUGUUGUAUUCGGCGCAUGUGACAAAUAAAAUGAAGUAUACUUCCUGUCAUCUCUGUUUAGAGACUGACAUCUGUUCGUCAACCCCUCGAUCCCUCUAUCUCCCUGUAACACUCUGCAUUGUACAAUGCAGAGAAAUAAUCUUGCUUUGGCAAUGUAAACAUGUUUCCCAUGCCAAUAAAGCCCCUUUGAAUUGAAUUGAAAUAAUGUAAGUAUUCCACACCUCUCCUUCCCUUCCCUUUCCCCUCUCUCUCUCUCUCUCUAGUCGUCUCAUCUUCCAGUCUCUCUCUUUGUCCUCUCUUCUCCCCGUCAGGAGGUGAUCCCAACAUGGGCGUCUUCUCUCUCUCCUGGCCUCUCCAGGCCUCUUCUCGAUCGGGUAGGGGUUGCUUCACUAUGUGCACUAUAGUGUGGGUCUGUUGUCGGGCAGUGGUGAUGUCCGCUUGGCCCUUAUCCCUUCUCAGGGGAUGUGCUGGCCGGGGCAAUCUUCGCAGGUGUCUGCCUCUCUUCUGUCUCGGGGCUCUUGCUUUUCUGGCUCCUCUCUCUCCGUCUGCUCUCGUGCGGUAGCUCUUCUACUGCUCGGGUGUUACGUCUGGUCUCUCUGUCUCUCCAUUUCUGUCAACACUAGGUAUCUCUCCUCUUCUCUCUGCCAUCGUUCGUCUGAGCUCUCAUCUCUUCACUCGUCUUCUGGUCCCUCGUCUCUUCGUCUCCUCCAUUCUGGACUCUCGGAGGGUCUACCCUCUGUCCUCCUCUCGUCAAUACGGGUCAAUGGGUACUGUGGCCUGGGCGUAAACUGGCUAUGCCUCCUUAAGCACCGUCAAUGGUCCGGUCUGGCGAAUCUCUUCAGGAAGGUGUUAGGGCGUUCCGGAGAAUGAUGGUGCUGGGGUAGUCUACUCCCGGAUCUUCUCGGUACUCUGUUCCCGCGUUGCUCGGGAAGCUCUAUCGAUGCAUCGUGCUCUCUCUUGUCAUCUCUCUCUCGCUCGGGUCGUUUCCCUUCUCCUCGCUCGCCAUCGGAUGACGUUCAUUCUUCGUGUCUCUAUCGACGUCUUGUAUUUCUUUCCCUCUUCCCUUCUCUCUCCUCUCUCUCUCUCUCUCUCUAGGGUUAUGGUGAUGUGCAUCGGUCAAAUUCUGUUCAACAAGAAAGAGAAUGCCUUAAUCCAGAUGGCCGAUGCUACUCAGGCACAGCUUGGUGAGAGAACAGAUCCUACCGUUGUAAUACUGAGCCAACAGAUCCUACCGUUUUUACUCCUGAACUUAUUUAGGGGUUGAAUAGUUACUGUCUCAAGACAUUUCAAGACAUGUCAGCUUUUCAUUUUUUAUUAAUUUGUAAACAUUUCAAAAAAACAUAAUUCCACUUUGACAUUAUGGGGUUUUGUGUGUAGGCCAGUGACACAAAAUCUAAAUUUAAUAAAUUUUAAAUCCAGGCUGUAACACAACAAAAAUGUGGAAAAGGUCAAGGGGUUUGAAAACUUUCAGAAGGCACUGUAGUUCACUAGUUGCAUCCUACCACUCCGACAUCAUCAGCUCUGGUAAAAAAAUAACCCCAAAUUCCUCUUCCCUGGUCAAACAUUUUAAGAAUAAAAAGAGAAACUAACUUUAAAAAUUAUUUCUCAUUCAUAAUUUUCCUUCGAUUCGCAAGAGGCUGAAUCUCUUUCACCAGAUGAAGAAUCCGAGCGAGGCAAACAGCGCCUCUCUGUUGUAGUAUCUGUAGCCGUAUAUCUGCUGCUGUCCUGUCUGGCCAAAGGGAAUAUGACCUGCCAUACUCUUCUUGACAGCACCAGACCCAUGGGCCAAACAUACUAAGGCAGCUGGGGUGCUGUUUCGGCUCGCUCAGAUGCUUUCUCCGGUGAGAUUGAUGAGUCUUAGCGUCGGUGCACGUCUUGGUCAAAAUGAUCAAUAUAUUCAGAUACGACAGAUCAGAUCUCAGAAUUGUGGGGGUGGGGGGGGGGGGGGGGCACUGGGGUGGCCAAUCACAUUUCGGGGGGGGUGGCCACACUGGGCCAGCCCCUGGACACAGCACUGUUUUUUCCACAGUGAAACGCCUAUUUCAGCCUCCUGACAACUUCCCCCGAACAGUUCAACAAGUUCUUGAACUUCUUCCACGCCAAAAUCCACGACAUCCACCAACAUCUACUUACAAUGCCCAGUACUCCUGACGACAAUCUCUCAUGGAUGAACACAUGGGAAGGCCCAGCCUACACCACUCGCUCUCUCUGACUUCACCCUCGCUACUGAGAACUCAAUCAAAGCAAAUCAUCCACCUGCCAACUUGACCCCCCUGCCCACCAGCCUUGUCAAAGCCUGCCAUCUCUCCCCUCCUCACUGGCAUAAUCAACUCCUCCCUCGCCCCUGGCAUCGUAUCCUCCUCUCUCUCAAGAUUGCUGCAGUUUACCCCAUCCUCAAAAAGCCGAAUGCUGACCCCGAUGACCUGAACAACUUCUGUCCCAUCUCAAACCUUCCCUUCCUCUCCAAAAUACUGGAGCGGGUUUUGGCCCUCAACUAAAACACCAUCUCAACUCCAAUAACCUGGAGCGGGUUGUGGCCCUCGACUAAAACACCAUCUCAACUCCAAUAACCUGGAGCGGGUUGUGGCCCUCGACUAAAACACCAUCUCAACUCCAAUAACCUGGAGCGGGUUGUGGCCCUCGACUAAAACACCAUCUCAACUCCAAUAACCUGGAGCGGGUUGUGGCCCUCAACUAAAACACCAUCUCAACUCCAAUAACCUUCAUGAACCAUUGCAGUCCGGUUUCCGCUCUGAAACGGCCCUGGUCAAAAUCACCAACAACCUCCUCCACACAGCACUGAAACAGCCCAGGGCUCGGUUUCCCAAAAGCAUCUUUAAGGAUAAGUUCAUCGUUAGAACCUUCGUAAGAGCAUCUUUAUGAGAUGCAGCUGACUCAGGGCUGCUAUCCAUCCUCCUCCACCUGAUUGCAGCCUUCCAUACCAACUCCUCAUCCACUCCUCAUGGAACGUCUGGCUGGUGUUGUUGUCACGGGUGUUGCACACUCCUGGUUUUCCUCCUACCUCACUGACCGUCAAACAGUUUGUUCAACUGAAAAAUCACAGAUCAGGGUGUGCGGCUGUCUCACAGGGUGUCCCCCCAGGGGUCAGUGUAGGGUCCACUCCUCUUCAUCAUAUAACUUCUACCCCUGGGAAAGAUCAUGUGACAUCACAAAGUUCACUUCCACUGCGAUGCUGAUGACACCCAGCUCUACCUCUCUACCAAACCCACCACUCCCCUCCCUCCCACCUCCCUCAUCAGCUGCCUUAAGGACAUCCGGAGCUGGAUGAACAUGAACCUCCUCAACCUUAACAGCAACAAGACAGAUGUCAUGCUCAUCGGCUCCAAAUCCACUGUCUCCAAUCAGCACAACCUCAGCAUCACCAUAGAUGGUUUCCCGGUCCCUCUGUCAACACAAGUCAAAAGCCUUCUGUCAUCCUGGACCGUUCCCUCUCAUUCAACCCCACAUAAAAACCAUCACCAGGACAGCAUUCUUUCACCUCUGCAAUAUCUCCAGGCUCCGCCCCCUCACUGUCACACUCCAGCACACUCAUCCAUGUCCCUUCCGGUUUGGACUAUUACAGCAAUAUCCUCACUGGUAUCCCCACCAAACUCACCAACAGACUUGAACUGGUCCAGAACUCUGCUGCCAGAAUCCUCACCCGCACCAGAUCAACCGAACACAUCACACCAAUCCGCAUCGCUGGCUCCCUGUGCAAUCCUGUAUUAAUAAUAUGCCAUUUAGCAGACGCUUUUAUCCAAAGCGACUUACAGUCAUGCGUGCAUACAUUUUUGUGUAUGGGUGGUCCCGGGGAUCGAACCCACUACCUUGGCGUUACAAGCGCCGUGCUCUACCAGCUGAGCUACAGAGGACCACUCCUCCUUACCCACAAAGCCCUCCACAACCUGACAACCACCAACCUCUCUGACCUUCUCCCAGCCUAUGCCCCCUGCCCCCCCCUCCGCUGGUCUCCUUCUCCCCUCCCUCCCUCCCUCUCCACCAUGGGUGCCUGGGUCUUCAGGUGCUCUGCCCCCCAGGCUGGAAUGCACCCCCCCCCCCCCCCCCCCCCCCCCCCCCCACACACUUACAACAUUUAGACACUCUCAAUCUCAGUAUCCCCAACCCACACCCUUACCGCUACCCUAAACCGGGUCCAUAUCCUAUACCCAACCCCUCCCUCCUCUUUUUAGCCAUCCUGUUUCGUCUGGUCCUUUGAUUUAAAAUGUUACUUUGAUUGACGCACUUGAUUUAAUGAUCUUAUGCACUAGAGUUGAUUUAAUGAUCUUAUGUACUAGAGUUGAUUUAAUGAUCUUAUGUACUAGAGUUGAUUUAAUGAUCUUAUGUACUAGAGUUGAUUUAAUGAUCUUAUGUACUAGAGUUGAUUUAAUGAUCUUAUGUACUAGAGUUGAUUUAAUGAUCUUAUGUACUAGAGUUGAUUUAAUGAUCUUAUGUACUAGAGUUGAUUUAAUGAUCUUAUGUACUACACUGGCUUUUAUGUAGGCCUCCUGUUAAUGUCAGAUGUCCUUGAGUGCCCUGAAAGGUGUCCGCCAAAUAAAAUAUAUUAUUAUUUUAUUAUAAUUAAUAUUGUCCAUCAGUCUGUACCGUGUCUGACUCUUCUCCUCUCCUCCCCCAGCUAUGUCCCACCUGAACGGCCAGCGGCUUACACGUAAGGUGAUCAGAGUGACCAUCUCUAAGCACCAGGCGGUCCAGCUGCCCAGGGAGGGACAAGAAGACCAGGGCCUCACGAAAGACUUCAGUGGUUCCCCGUUACACCGCUUCAAGAAGCCUGGAUCCAAGAACUUCCAGAACAUCUUCCCUCCCUCUGCAACCCUCCAUCUCUCCAACAUCCCGUGAGUGUUUCACUAUACCUUCCUCCUCCACCUCUCCAACUAUACCUCCCUCCUCCACCUCUCCAACUAUAAAGCUAACGUUCCCCCCUCCUCCACCGUCUCGCAACUAUACCUUCCUUCCCUCCACCUCGUUCCAACAUAUACCGUCCCUCCUCCACCUCUCCAAAUAACCUCCUCCUCCCCUCUCCCAUACCUCCUCCUCCCCUCUCCAAUAACCCCCCCCUCCCCCCCCCAACUACCCCCUCCUCCACCUCCCAAAUAUCCUCCUCCUCUCUCCACUCCCGUGGUUUUUCACUUACCUUCCUCCUCCCCUCUCCAAAUUACCCCCUCCCCCCCCUCUCCAAAUACCCCCCUCCUCCCCCUCUCCAACUAAACCCCCCUCCACCUCUCCAAAUAUACCUCCCCCCCUCCCCUCUCCAAAUAUCCCUUCCUUUCCCCACCUCUCCAAAUAACCCCCCCCUCCUCCCCUUCCAAAUAACCUCCCUCCUCCACCUCUCCACCUUACCUCCUCCUCCCCCUCCACCUCUCCAAUAUACCCCUCCCCCCCUCCACCCUCCAAAACCUCCCCCUCCCUCCUCCACCUCUCCAACUAUACCUCCUCCUCCACCUCUCCAACUUAAAACCUCCUCCUCCCCUCCCAACUACCCCUCCUCCCCCUCCCCCUCUCCCAAAAAACCCCCCUCCUCCACCUCUCCAACUAUACCCCCUCCUCCCUCCUCCCCUCUCCAACUAUACCUCCUCCUCCCUCCUCCCCUCUCCCAACCUCCCCCCACCUCUCCAACUUAAACCCCCUCCUCCACCCUCCAACCUACCCCUCCCCCCCACCUCCCAAAUAACCUCCCCUCCCUCCUCCCCCCCUCUCCAAAUAAAUACCUCCCCCCUCCACCCCCCAACAUAAACCCCCUCCUCCCUCCUCCCCUCUCCAAAUAUACCCCCCUCCCAACUUUCCCCCCUCCUCCCCCUCCCCUAACCUUCCCCCCCCACCUCUCCAACAUACCUCCUCCCCCCCCUCCCCCUAUCCCCUCCCUCCUCCCCCUCUCCAACUAUACCUCCUCCUCCCCCCCUCCCCCCUCCCACUAUCCCUCCCUCCCCACCUCUCCCCAAAUAUCCCCCCCCCACCCCUCCACCAACCUCCUCCCCCCCUCUUCCAACUAUACCUCCUCCCCCCCCUCCCCUCUCCAACUAUAAACCCCCCCCUCCACCUCUCCAAAUAUACCCCCCCUCUCCACCUCUCCAACAUCCUCCUCCUCCCCUUCCAACAUACCCCCUCCCCUCCUCCACCCUCUAACUAUACCUCCUCCCCCACCUCUCCAACUUAAACCCCCCUCCUCCACCUCUCCCAUACCCCCCCUCUCCAACUAUACCUCCUCCUCCCUCCUCCACCUCUCCAACUAAAAAACCCCCUCCUCCCCCCUCUCCAACUAUAAAAACCCCCUCCUCCCUCCUCCCCUCCCAAAUUUUAACCCCCCCCCCCCUCCCUCCCCCCCCCUCUCCACAUACCUCCCUCCCCCCCUCUCCACUAAACCCCCCUCCCCCCCUCUCCAAAUUACCCCCCCCCUCCCUCCCCCACCUCUCCAACUAUACCCCCCCCUCCUCCACCUCUCCAACUAACCUCCCUCCCCCCCCUCUCCAAAUAUCCCCUCCUCCCCCGCCCCACUAUAAAACCCCCCCCUCCCUCCCCCACCUCUCCAAAUUAACCCCCCCCUCCACCUCUCCAACUAUACCCCUCCUCCACCUCUCCAACUAUACCUCCUCCUCCCCCCCUCCAACUAUACCUCCUCCUCCACCUCUCCAACUAUACCUCCUCCUCCACCUCUCCAACUAUACCUCCCUCCUCCACCUCUCCAACAUACCCCUCCCCACCUCUCCCAUCCUCCUCCUCCACCCCUCCCAUACCUCCCCCCCUCCCUCCUCCCCUCUCCAAAUAUCCCUCCCUCCUCCACCUCUCCAACUAUACCUCCUCCUCCCCCUCCAACUAUACCCCCUCCUCCACCUCUCCAACUAUACCUCCCCCUCCCCCUCCACCUCCCAAAUAUCCUCCCCCCCUCCCCCUCCCCUUCCAACUUACCCCCUCCUCCACCUCUCCAACUAUACCUCCUCCCCCCCUCCAACUAUACCUCCCCCUCCCUCCUCCCCCUCUUAAAUAACCCCCCCCUCCCCCUCUCCAACUAUACCUCCCUCCUCCACCUCUCCAAACUAUACCUCCACCUCUCCCAAAAAACCUCCUCCUCCCUCCUCCACCUCUCCAACUAUACCUCCUCCUCCACCUCUCCAACUAUACCUCCUCCUCCCUCCUCCCCCUCUCCAACUAUACCCCCCCCCCCCUCCUCCCCCCCCUUUCCCCUAUACCCCCUCCUCCCCCUCUCCAAAUUCCCCCCCUCCUCCCCCCCCUCCACUAUAAAAACCCCCCCCUCCCCUCCACCCCUCCAACUAACCCCCUCCUCCACCCCCCAACUAUAAACCCCCCUCCUCCCCCUUCCAACAUAAACCUCCCCCCUCCCCCCUCCCCCAACAAAACCCCCCCCUCCCUCCUCCACCUCUCCAAAUAACCUCCCCCUCCCCCUCCAACUUACCUCCUCCUCCACCUCUCCAACUAUACCUCCUCCUCCACCUCUCCAACUAUACCUCCUCCUCCCCUCUCCAACUAUACCUCCUCCUCCACCUCUCCAACUAUACCCCCCCUCCUCCCCUCUCCAACAUACCCCCUCCUCCCCCCUCCACCCCCCCAAAUAUACCCCUCCCUCCCCCCCCUCCAACUAUACCCCCUCCUCCCUCCUCCCCCCCUCCAACUAUCCUCCCCCUCCCCCUCUUUCCCAAAUAAACCUCCCUCCUCCCCCUCUCCAACCUACAAACCCCUCCCCCCUCUCCAACAUCCUCCCCCUCCACCUCUCCCUACCUCCUCCCCCCUCCUCCCCCUCUCUAACUAUCCCCCUCCUCCACCUCUCCACUAACCUUCCCUCCUCCCCUCUCCAACUUACCUACACCUCUCCAAAAAACCCCUCCUCCCUCCCUCCCCCCUCUAAAUAUACCUCCCCUCCACCCUCCCCAUACCUCCCCUCCCUCCCCCCCUCUCCAAAAAUCCUCCUCCCUCCCUCCCCACCCCUCCAACUAUACCUCCCCUCCACCUCUCCAACUAUACCUCCUCCUCCCUCCUCCACCUCUCCAACUAUACCUCCCUCCUCCCCCUCCACCUUCCAAAUAUCCCCCCCUCCUCCACCCCCCAAAUAUACCCCCUCCUCCACCUCUCCAACCCCAAACCCCCUCCUCCACCUCUCCAACUUAACCUCCUCCCCCCUCCUCCACCUUCCAACUAUCCUCUCCCCCCCCCCUCCACCUUCCAACUUACCUCCUCCUCCUCCUCCACCCUUCCAACUAUCCCUCCCCCCUCCUCCCCCCCCCAAAUUGCCUCCUCCCCACCCUCCACUUACCUCCCCCGUCCCCCUCCCCCUCUCCACUAUACCUUCCUCCCCCCCUCCCCUCUCCAACCAUACCUCCUCCUCCUCCUUCCCCCCCUCCCAACUACCUCCUCCUCCCUCCCCCACCUUCCCCAAAAAUGCCUCCCCCCUCCCCCCUCUCCCAAAAACCUCCUCCUCCCUCCUCCACCUCCCCUAUCCUCCUCCUCCCCCCACCCCUCCCCCUAUCCCCCUCCCCUCCUCCACCUCUCCAACUACCUCCCUCCUCCCCCCUCCACCCCUUUCCCAAAUAUACCCCUCCUCCCCCUCCACCUCUCCAACUAUCCUCCUCCUCCUCCUCCACCUCUCCACUUACCCCCCCUCCCUCCCCCCCCCCCCCACUAUCCUCCCCCUCCCCCUCCAACCUUACCUCCCCUCCCCCUCCCCAAAUACCUCCCCCCUCCCCUCCUCCCCCUCCACUAAAACCUCCCCUCCCCCCCUCCCCACCUCUCCAACUACCUCCCCUCCCCCUCCCCCCUCUCCAAAUAUACCCCCCCCUCCCCCCUCCCAAAAUACCUCCUCCUCCACCUCUCCACUAACCUCCCUCCUCCCCCUCCCACUAUACCUCCCCUCCCUCCUCCAAACCCCCCAAAUAUACUCCUCCUUCCUCCCCAACCCCCCCUCCAACUAACCCCCUCCUCCCCCCUUUUCCACUAACCCCUCCCCCCCCUCCUCCACCUCUCCAACUAUACUCCCUCCUCCCCCCCCUCCCCUAUACCCCCCCUCCACCCCUCCCCUAUACCCCCCUCCCCCCUCCCCCUCCAAAUAUCCCCCCUCCUCCUCCACCUCCCAACUAACCUCCCCUCCCCCUCCCCAAAUACCCCCCUCCUCCACCUCUCCAAAAAUACCCUCCUCCUCCCUCCUCCACCUCUCCAACUAUACCUCCCUCCUCCACCUCUCCAACUAUACCUCCUCCUCCCUCCUCCACCUCUCCAACUAUGCCUCCUCCUCCACCUCUCCAACUAAAACCUCCUCCUCCCCCCCCACCCUCCAACUAUCCCCCCCCCCCCACCUCUCCAAAUAAAACUCCCCCCCACCCUCCAACUAUACCUCCUCCUCCCUCCUCCCCUCUCCAACUAUACCUCCUCCUCCACCUCUCCAACUAUAACCUCCUCCUCCCCUCUCCAAUAUAAACCCCCUCCUCCCCCCCCCUCUCCCAAAUAUACCCCCCCCCCCACCCUCCAACUAUACCUCCUCCCCUCCCCCCCCACCUCUCCAAAUACCCCUCCUCCCCCCCCCACCCCUCCCCAUCCUCCUCCCCUCCCCCCCACCUCUCCAAAUAAACCCCUCCUCCCCCUCCAACUAACCCCCCCUCCUCCCUCCCCCCUCCCAAAUAUACCUCCCCCCACCUCUCCACUAUACCCCUCCUCCUCCUCCACCUCUCCAAAUCCCCUCCUCCACCUCUCCAACUAUCCCCUCCUCCCCUCCUCCCCCCCUCCAACUAUGCCUCCUCCUCCCCUCUCCAAAAACCUCCUCCUCCCCUCUCCACCCAUACCUCCCCCCUCCCCCUCCCCCUCCCAACUAAAACCUCCUCCUCCACCUCUCCAAAAUCCUCCCCCUCCACCUCUCCAACUAUACCUCCUCCUCCCCCCUCCACCUCUCCAACUAUCCCCCCUCCCCCCCCUUCCAACUAACCUCCCCCUCCACCUCUCCAAUAUACCCCUUUUCCCCCCUCCCCCUCCCCUCCACCUCUCCAACUAUACCCCUCCCCCUCCCCCCCCACCUCUCCAACUAACCUCCUCCUCCACCCCUCCCUAUCCCCUCCUCCCCCCCUCCACCCCUCCAACUAUCCCCUCCUUCCCCCCCUCUCCAACAUCCUCCUCCUCCCUCCCCCACCUCUCCAACUUACCCCCUCCCCCCCCCUCCCACCUCUCCAAAAUUCCCUCCCUCCUCCCCCCUCUCCAAAUUAAACCUCCCUCCUCCACCUCUCCAACAACCCCCCUCCUCCCCCUCCCAACAUACCCCCUCCCCCCCUUCCAAAUAACCUCCUCCCCCCUCCUCCCACCUCUCCAACUAACCUCCUCCUCCCCCCCCCCACCUCUCCACAAAACCCCCUCCUCCACCCCUCCAAAAAAUUUAACCCUCCCUCCUCCACCUCCCACUAUCCCCUCCUCCACCCUCCAAAUACCCCCCUCCUCCCCCCUCCCCUCCCACUAUAAAACCCCCUCCUCCCUCCUCCACCUCUCCAACAUACCCCCCUCCUCCCCCCCCCCUCCAACUAUCCCCCUCCCCACCCUCCAACUUACCUCCUCCCCCCCUCUCCACAUACCUCCCCUCCCCCCCCUCCCCUCUCCAAAUAUCCUCCCCCCCUCCUCCACCCCCCUCCACUUCCUUUCCCCUCCCUCCCCCACCUCCCAACUAAAAAUCCUCCUCCCCCCCUCCAAAAUUCCUCCUCCUCCCCCUCCACCUCUCCAACUUACCCUCCCUCCUCCACCCUCCACUAUACCUCCCUCCUCCACCCUCCAAAUAUCCCCUCCUUCCACCUCUCCCCUAUACCUCCCCUCCACCUCUCCAAAUACCCUCCUCCCACCUCUCCAACUAUACCCCUCCUCCACCUCUCCAACUUCCUCCUCCUCCACCCCUCCAACUAUCCUCCUCCUCCCUCCCCCUCCCCCCUCGAAAUUAAACCCCCCCCUCCCCCUCCUCCAACUAUACCCCUCCCCCCCCUCUCCAACUAUACCCCCCUCCUCCCUCCUCCCCCUCCCAACUAUACCCCCCCCUCCACCCCUUCCAACUAUAAAACCCCCUCCUCCACCUCUCCAAAUAUACCUCCUCCUCCCCCUCCAACUAUCCUCCCCUCCCUUCCCCCCCCCCUCCCAACUAUACCUCCCCCCCCUCCUCCACCCUCCCAAAUUACCUCUCCUCCCCUCUCCAACUAUACCUCCUCCCCCCUCCCCACCUCUCCAAAUAUCCUCCUCCCCCCUCCCCCCACCUCUCCAACUUUACCUCCCUCCUCCCCCUCUCCCUAACCUCCCUCCUCCCCCCCUCCCUUUUUUUCCAAAAUCCUCCUCCCCCCUCUCCAACUAUCCCUCCCCUCCUCCCCCCCCCUUCUCCCUAUCCUCCUCCUCCACCCCUCCCAAAUAUAACCUCCUCCCCCCCUCUCCAACUAUACCCCCCUCCUCCCCCCUCCACCUCUCCACUUACCCCCUCCUCCCUCCUCCCCUUCCAACUAAACCCCCCUCCCCCCCCCUCCUCCCCUCUCCAACUAAAACCUCCUCCCCUCCUCCACCUCUCCAAUAUAUCCUCCUCCCCCCUCCCCCUCUCCAAAAUAGCCUCCCUCCCCCCUCCACCUCUCCAACUAAAACCCCCCUCCUCCACCUCUCCAACUAUACCUCCUCCUCCACCUCUCCAACUAUACCUCCUCCUCCCUCCUCCACCUUCCAAAAUAAAACCCCCCCCUCCUCCCUCCCCCCUCUCCAAAUAACCUCCUCCUCCCCCCCCUCCACCCCCUCCAUAUGCCCCCCCCUCCUCCCCUCUCCCAACUAUCCCCCUCCCCCCUCUCCAAAUAUACCUCCUCCUCCCCUCUCCAAAAUUUAAAACCCCCCCUCCUCCCCUCCCAAAUUCCCCCCCCUCCCUCCUCCCCUCCCAAAUACCUCCCCCUCCCUCCCCACCUCUCCACUAUAACCUCCUCCCCCACCUCUCCAACUAUACCUCCCCCUCCACCUCCCAAAUAAAACCUCCCCUCUCCACUAUCCCCCUCCUCCCCCUCUCCAAAUUCCUCCUCCUCCCCCUCCACCCCCAAAUAACCCCCCCCCCCCCCUCCUCCACCUCUCCAACUAUACCUCCCCUCCCCCCCCCACCCUCCAAAUAUACCUCCCCCCACCCUCCAACUAACCCCCCUCCUCCCCUCUCCAAAUAUACCCCUCCUCCCCCCUCCAACUUAACCCCCACCUUCCAACUAACCUCCUCCCUCCCCCUCCACCUCUUCCAAAAACCUCCCCCCCUCCACCUCUCCAAUAUACCUCCUCCUCCACCUCUCCAACUAACCUCCCCCACCUCCCCCCCAACAUAAAACCCCCCCCUCCCAACAUAAACCCCCUCCUCCACCUCUCCACUAUCCUCCUCCUCCCAAAACCUCUCCAAAAUUUCCCCCCCCCCUCCAACUAUACCUCCUCCUCCACCUCUCCAACUAUACCUCCUCCUCCCCUCCCCCCACCUCUCCAAAUAUACCCCUCCUCCCCCUCUCCCAAAUAUAUCCCCCCCCCCUCCCCACCUCUCCAAUACCUCCUCCUCCACCCCUCCCCAACUAACCUUCCCCCCCACCUCUCCAACUUUCCUCCCCCCUCCACCUCCCAAAUUACCUCCCCUCCCCCUCCUCCACCCCUCCACUAACCCCCUUUCCCCCCCUCCACCCCUCCAAUAACCCUCCUCCCCUCCACCUCCCCCCAAAUAACCUCCCCUCCUCCCCCCUCCCAAAUAUACCUCCCCUCCCUCCUCCACCCCACUUACCUCCCCUCCCCCUCUCCAAAUAUCCUCCUCCUCCCCCUCCACCUCUCCAAAUAACCUCCUCCCCCCACCUCUCCACUUUUAAACCCCCCCCCCUCCCCCCCCCUCUCCACUAUACCCCCCUCCACCUCUCCAACUAUACCUCCUCCUCCACCCCUCCAACAACCUCCUCCCCCCUCUCCCAAAUAUUAAAACCCCCUCCCCCCCUCUCCAUAAAACCCCCUCCCCCUCCUCCACCUUCCCACCCUUCCCCCUCCCCCCCUCCACCUCCCAACUAACCCCCCUCCUCCCCCUCUCCCAAAUCCCCCUCCUCCCCCCUCCCCCUCUCCACUAAAACCCCCCCCCCCCUCCCUCCUCCCCUCUCAACUAUACCCUCCUCCUCCACCUCUCCCAAAAACCCCCACCCCCCCCAACUUACCUCCUCCUCCCCCCCCUCCAAAAUUUCCUCCCCUCCUCCCCCUCUCCAACUAUACCUCCACCCUUCCAAAAUACUCCCCUCCAAACCCCUCCAACCCAUACCCCCCCUCCACCUCUCCAACUAUACCUCCACCUCUCCAAAUUACCCCCUCCUCCCCCCUCCCCCUCCCAACUAACCUCCUCCUCCACCCUCCCCCUAUACCCCCCCCCCUCCCUCCCCUCCAACUAUCCUCCCUCCUCCACCUCUCCACUAUUUCCCCCCCUCCUCCACCUCUCCAACUAUCCUCCUCCUCCCCUCUCAAAAUUACCCCCUCCCCCCUCCCCCCCUCCCCCCCCCCCUUACCCCUCCUCCACCUCCCAACUAAACCCCUCCUCCCCCCUCCACCUCUCCAAUAUAAAAUCCCUCCUCCACCCCCUCCAAAAUAUACCUCCCCCCUCCACCUCUCCAAAUAUCCCCCACCUCUCCCCCUAUACCUCCCCUCCUCCUCCACCUCUCCAACUAUACCUCCUCCUCCCCCCCCCCCACCUCUCCAACUAUACCCCCCCCCUCCCCCCCCUCCCCCUCCCAACAACCUCCCCCUCCUCCUCCCCUCCCAACUAUACUUCCUUUCCCCCCCCUCUCCACAUAACCUCCCUCCUCCCUCCUCCCCCCCCCCCCCCCUCCAACUAUCCCCCCCCUCCUCCACUCUCCAAAAUACCCCCUCUCCCCCUCUCCCCAACCCCCUCCUCCCUCCUCCACCUCUCCAACUAUCCCCCCCCUCCUCCACCCCCCACCAUACCUCCCCUCCCCCCCUCCAACUAUAAACCCCCCCUCCUCCCUCCUCCCUCCCCCACCCCCCCAAAUAACCUCCCUCCCCCCCCCCCCCUCCCAAAAUUCCUCCCUCCUCCCUCCCCCCCCUCCCCUCUCCAACUAUACCUCCUCCUCCCCCUCCCCCUCCCCUCUCCCCCCUAACUUUCUCCUCCCCUCUCCAACUAUCCCCCUCCCCCCCUCUCCCAACUAUACCUCCUCCUCCACCUCUCCAACUUACCCCCCCCUCCCCCCCCCUUUCCCCAUCCUCCUCCUCCCCCCUCCACCCCCACAUACCCCCCCCCCCUCCCCUCCCCUCUCCAACUAACCUCCUCCUCCUCCUCCACCUCUCCAACUAUGCAUCCCUCCCUCCCCCCUCUCCAACACUAUCUAGCUACUCUGUUUACUUCUGGGGAUGGAUGCGUCUAAAUCUUAAACAGCGAACAUUUAUGAUAAUGUCUGUCACAAGAAAGUUCCCCUUUAGCUGUCUUCCUGUAGCAUGCUCUUCCAGCUGUACUCCCACAUUGUACUCCAUGUGGCAGCUCUAUGUCUGCAGUAGGAUACUACCACAAGAGGUAUCAUCAGAUGAAGGAAUAGUUAAGGGCCUGUUUGUUCAGAGCUCAUGUCUAACACUGUUCUUUUGUUUCCCCCACUCCUCUCCACCAACAGUCCAUCUAUAACAGAUGACAUCCUAAAGGACCUUUUCUCUGGGACCGGAUACACAGUCAAGGCCUUCAAGUUCUUCCAGUACGUUCUCUUUCGGACACUUUACUUCCUCAACACACAAAGGCCAGGAUUCAAACAAACCGCACAGCGCUAAUAGAGCGCCGAACUUGACUUUUAAAGAAAAUUUCCCCGACGUUCACAGAGAUCUCGUUUGUAGUAAACACUGUACUUUUGCACGUGACAAUAAAAACUUGAAACUUGAAUGUUGGCUAAAAACGCGAAAUCACCUUUUAACCCCCUAGAGUCGAUGUCCACGCUCCAGUGGAAAUGUAAUUAGCAUAAUUACAAAUCCCCAUAAGAAUCAUUAUAUGCUUUCUAAAUAUAGCAUAAUCAAAUUAUAAAAGGACUAACUAUAAGAUUUCACCUUCUUUAUAACUUUUAAAAACAUAUUUUUAUGUUUAGUGUUAGAGAAAAAGUGCAUAUUUUCUAAAGGGCUCUCUUGAUCAAAACGUCUGCCCCCAUCGCUGUGAACGUCUCACAGAGCUUUAGCUUUGCUUCCUGAACCUGUUAGGAACUCGCCUUUCAUCUCAUAUUAAUCUUGUCUGUCUAUGACAAACAUCAUGUUUUAUUUUUGUUUAAACCCCUAAGGUCGAUGUCCGCGCCCCCGCAGAAAUCUAAUUAGCAUAAUACUAAAAUCCCCAUAAAAAUCUGUCCGUUUAAGAGAUGUUAAGCUAUAUUUAGAGAUAUCUGUUUUUUGCAUUGGGAUGCGUCUCAAUCCACCGCAUCCGCUGGUGUCUCACUUCCGCAUCUGCGGUGAAAGGUGACAGAGCUAGAGAGGUGUUUGUCAGACCAUGAGACGUCCCGGAAAUUGGUCUUCUUACAAAAUAGUCUGUAACGUCCGAACGUCUUGGCCGACACACUAUUAUGACCCCUCUAUGGGAAGAUGAGACUCUCACGAACACGAUGGCGUUCUCCGUCUUGGGACUCGUCUGAAGUCGGUACAGCCCAUCUGCCAACUUCUGUCUGUAGUGUCCGAACAGUUUGAGCCACAACACUAAUAUGUCCCCUAUGUAGAAAGGUGAGACUCUCACGAACACGUACAUGUCGGUUGUUUUGCUCUAGGACGCCAACAGGCCUCACAAGACUUGUCUGAAGGUCCCUGGUACCAGUUGAAAAAAUGAAUGGAAUUACAGUAUAUAUGGCGACUGAUUAGUGCCAAAAAUAAGGGGUUAAAUAGUUGUUUUUAAAAAAAAUAUAUAUAUAUAUAUAAUGUUUCCUGAUCUCUCAGAUAUAGGACAGACACUUCAGAACAAACUUCUUUUAGAUUUUUUGGGGGGGACUAUCUGUUGUUCCAUGUAGUGAAUCUGUUAUUCAAUGUGUUGGUAUGGGCUAAUAGCAGUAAGGCCAAAUACAAUUUUUCAUCAAAUAUUAUUAUUAUUAUUAUUUUUAUACUUCAAGGGGUCUUGAAGGGCUUAGACUCUUAUGGGUUAAAGCCAAGUGUAGUGUGCUAUGGGAUAAUUAGUAUUUACAGUGUAUUUUCAGCUCUCUGGUGGUCUUGGUGUAGUACCGGUAUAAGCCACUAGAUGGGAAUUGCUCCACUUGGAGAAAUAUCCGUUCAGAAGGAUUGGGCCACACCCCUAAUAUGUUUUUCCAAAAGCAGAUUUGACAGAUUAGAGCUAGAAAUGUGUCUAAAAUCAUCAUUCAGAGCUGAGGGAACAUUCAGAAUAGUUAUUUGGGUAGUUCACUGUACUUACUCAUGAUCUUGAAUUCAUUUCCCUUUUGCAGAUCAAUAAAGUGUUAUUGAUUACUGUCUGUCCAUCUGUGUCUGUCUCAGGAAGGACCGUAAGAUGGCCCUGAUCCAGUUGGGUUCAGUGGAGGAGGCCAUCCAGGCCCUGAUCGACCUCCACAACCACGACCUGGGAGAGAACCACCACCUCCGCGUGUCCUUCUCCAAGAGCACCAUC